UGCUGCUUCGUAUCCUUUUUCUCUCUUUGAAAGAAAAGUCUCUCUUUCUCUUCUCGUAUCUGAAAGAAGAAGAUGUCAUCAGCUGUGGGACAGCGUUUUGGAGUGUCGUCCUUCCUUCAGGGGGCCUUGGACAGGUUUUACUCUCCUGAGUUGCUGGACUUCAUUCGCCGAUGGAAGAUCGAUAUGGACGGAGUGGAGUCACUGAAGCGGACGUCAGCCAAGAUUCAGACCUUAUCUGAUGAAGCUGAAGUAAGGCAGUUUACCAGUGAAGAUGUGAGACUCUGGCUCGGCGACCUCAAACAGCUCCUCUAUGAUGCCGAGGACAUACUAGAUGAGUAUGCCACUGAAAUUCUACGACUGAAAUUGGAAUGUAAGACUCCUUAUCAGACAACCCACCCUCACCAAACCCAACAACAGUGUGGUGGUACAGAAUCUGCGGAUAAGAACAUCAAUGAAACGUUACAGGGAAUAAAAAGCAAGCCUAAGAUUUAUAAUAUCGCCGAUGAACUGCAGGGAAUUAAAAGGUUUGGAUCUAAAGUGAAGGAUGUCAACGAGAGGCUAAAAAGUGAAGCACAAGAAGGUGUUGCUCUAGGAUUAAUGGUCUCGAGCUUGGGAUCUGGGUCUUCAAAGCCCAAGGUAUUCAGUGAAAGGCCACCGACGAGUUCUUUGGUGAACAGUUCUAAUGUUUUUGGCAGAGAAGAAGAUAAGGAGAAGAUUGUUACAUGGUUGCUAUCAGACAAAACCCCAAGCCCCUGUAACAAUGAUAAUAAUUUCUCAGUAUUACCCAUAGUCGGCAUGGGUGGAGCUGGAAAGACCACCCUUGCUCAACUUAUUUACAACGAUGAGAUAGUUAUGAGGUAUUUUCAGCUGAAAGCUUGGGUCUACGUUUCGGAAGACUUUGAUUUGGUGAGAUUAACCAAAGAAAUUCUCGAGUCAGCCACUACUGAGUCAUCCCUUUCUUCUAAUUCACUGGACGUGCUACAGGCCAAACUUAAACAAGCAUUGAGCAACAAAAGAUUCUUACUGGUUUUGGAUGACAUGUGGAACGAGGAUUACGAGAGAUGGGAUACCUUAAGUACUCCUUUUGCAUUCGGUAAACCAGGAAGCAAGAUAUUGGUUACAACAAGGAACAAAGGUGUUUCAUCAAUUGUUCGAACUGUAGAGAACGAUCAUGAUUUAAAAGGUCUGUCAGACGAUGCUUGUUUUGCAUUGGUAAGAAGACAUGCUUUCAUGGAUGGGAAUUCAUGUGAUGCAGAUAAAAAACUGGAAUUAUUUGGACAAGAAAUUGUGAAGAAAUGUAAGGGUUUACCUUUGGCAAUGAAGACACUUGCAGGCCUCUUGCGAGAUAAAAGGCAAAACAGUGAGUGGGAAGAUAUUUUGGAGAAUGAAAUUUGGGACUUAAAAGAAGGUAAGAUCCUUCCAUCGCUCAUGUUGAGCUACCAUCAUCUUCCGCCAGUUCUAAAGAGAUGCUUUGGAUAUUGUGCUUUGUUUCCCAAAGACUAUGUAUUUCAGAAGAUUUAUUUAGUCACGUUGUGGAUGGCGGAAGGUAUUGUUCGACCAAAACCAAAAGGAAAGAAACAGCUAGAAAACAUUGGGGGUGCAUAUUUCGAUGAACUAUUUAUGAGGUCCUUUUUUGAGUUAUCUAACCGUCCUCCUUCUAACCAGCUGUCAUCCCCUUUUCUAUUGCCAAAUCUAUUUUAUAGUGGUGAUGAGAAGUUCAAAGACUUAUCAGAAGAAUUAUUCAUGAAGUCAUUUUUUGAGUCAUCCAAUAACACAGGAUCAGGAUUUGUGAUGCAUGAUUUGAUCCAUGACUUGGCAGAAUUUGUUUCAGGUAGAAUGUAUUUUAGCAGAGAAGACUCUGAUAAGCCAUCCAAAGUUGUGACAACAACAACCCGUCACUUGUCCUACCUUGUGAAGAAGAGAUUUGAUGUUGAGGGGACAGAAUCUGAUGCCAUGAAUAAAAGCUUACGCACCCUUAUAGUAUUCAAUUCUCCUCUUGAGCAACAAUUUUUGUCCACCAUGCAAUUCAAAUUCCUGCGAGUGCUACGUUUCAGAAGUUUUAAAAGUUGUCGUAACUUGCCUGAUUCAAUUGGCAAGUUGAAACAUCUAAGGUUUCUUGAUCUCUCAUAUUCUACUAUUGUGAGGUUACCUAACUCAAUUACAAGUCUUUACAAUCUACAAACAUUGGUCCUAAUUGGGUGCCGUUUUCUUAGAGAGUUGCCUGAAGGUAUGGGUAACCUCGUAAACCUUCGACAUCUUUUUCUCCCUGUAUGGUUGUCGUUUGAUGAUGGUUCCUAUAAAAUGCCAUUAGGAGUGGAUAAUCUAACUAGUCUGCAGACAUUGAGCACAUUCAUUGUGGGGUCAAAAAAUAUUAGUGAGUUGAGGGACUUGUCCCAACAACUCCGUGGGACUCUGGACAUUUCAAAUUUGGAAAUCAUAGGCAAUAAUGGGACAGAAACCAUGGUGGCCACAUUAAAGGACAAUCCACACCUUCUUGGCCUUCAGUUGCGUUGGAGUGCUUAUAAAAGAGAGGAUAGUUUUCUUGAUUUGGGGAGAGAUGAAAAGAUAGAGAUGGAUGUACUUGACAAACUAUAG